AAAAAAAAAAACCAUUUCAGUGAAUUACUUCACCACCACUAUAACCGCAGAAGAGAAGAGUCAGCGAAGAUAGUUGCGGGGAUAUUGAAGGGUAAUUUCGUCCUUGGGUAGCUCAAAAAGCUGUACUACUCGUCAACGUUCUAAGUUUCGUACAAGUUUCAAAAGUUCAUAUAUGAUCCUCAUCAUCAAGUAUAAAUAUCAGACGAAAUUAUCCGCCAUAUUCCGCCCUAUCCAAAUCCAAUCAGCAUUGGACUAAUAUAAUAUCUUCUCUUCAUCUUUGCUAAACUAUAGGAAGCGUCAACGCUUCUUUGUCGAUCAAUCAACUGUACUUCCUCACCCCCUCGUCGGUGAGACUUUCCGGUAAUCUAGUGUGACUGAUUUCAUCAGCUUCAGUUUGUUCUCUGGAGGGAAGAGGAUUAGCCGCCAUGGAGAUGGACCAAGAAUUGGAGUGGCAAAAAGCUCAGGCGAUCCUGAUAAAUGUUGACCUUGUCCCUGCCGCAAGAAGGCAGCUUGACUUCCUCGCGGCUGUGGAUAGGAAUCGUGGGCUUUACGACGGCCCUGCUCUUGAUCUGGCUAUUUAUAGGUACAAUGUCUAUUGGCUUCCGUUGCUGGCUAAGCAUUCGGAUUCUCCAUUCUUUGAUGGACCCCUGGUUGCCCCUCUUGAUUGUGAAUGGGUUUGGCAUUGCCACAGACUCAAUCCUGUGAGGUACAAAUCUGACUGUGAACAACUCUAUGGAAUGAUUCUUGACAACCUUAAUGUUGUGUCCACUGUUGAAGGGAAGUCCAAGUCAGAAACUGAAAAUUUAUGGAAGACUCUGUACCCAGAUGUGCCAUAUGAGUUGGACUUUACCAAAACGGAUUUUAGCCCUCCCUCCACCCGGGCACCUGGAGCGGUGAAGUGCACCAAAUAUGAUCUGCUUUCUGCUGUUAAGAGGCAAUGCACUUUCUUCUAUCAGGUAGCAAGACCCCAUAUGAGCAAUGAGCAAUUCCUUGAAGGAGCAGUAGCUAGAUACAAAGGGUUUUUGCACCUAAUUAAGACAAACAGGGAAAAAUCAAUCAAGAGCUUUUGUGUUCCAACCUAUGACAUUGAUCUUAUGUGGCACACACACCAAUUGCAUCCAGCCACAUAUUGCAAAGACCUUUUGGAAUUAAUGGGCCGGGUUUUAGAACAUGAUGAUACAGAUUCAGACAGAACAAAGGGGAAGAAGUUGGAUACCGGGUUCUCUGGAACUACCAAGCAGUGGGAGGAGAUGUAUGGUAGAAGAUAUUGGAGAGCAGGAGCAAUGCACAAAGGCAAUGCCCCUUCUCCCAUUAGAACUAGUCCUUAUCCGUCUCUUGACAUAACAAAGAAGGAUUCUGAAUACACAGAGAACCAAAAAAUUGUUCACCUUCCUGAAACAAAAAUUGUAGAGGUAAUGUUGGAGUUUGUGGGUGUGAAAAACUUGCCAGAGGGGCACAAGGGAGGUCUGUUUGUCUCAUUUUCAAAGACCCAGCCUGACUCAAUCUUUAAUGCCAAAAGAAGUCUCACUAUCUUUUCAGAAUCUGGCGAGAAACAGGUUGCUUGUUUCAUAUGUGAACCUACCGGUGGUCUUACUUUUGAACUUAUGUGCCACCCAACGUCCAGUUUACAAGUAUCAAAGGCAUCCAAAACUUUAGGUUCUGGUUCUGUGUCUUUGGAAGAUUUGCUGUCUCCAGCAUCUAAUCUUACCAUGGAGAAAUGGUUGGAGAUCUUACCAAGUUCUAAAUCAAAGAGAUGCGAGCCGGUACGCUUACGGGUGGCCAUUUCAGUUACCAUUCCAACCAGUUCUCCUUAUGUUCUUCACAUGAUUCCUUCACGGCCAUUCUCGAAGAACUCAUGUUUCUUCCCUUUGCCGGGAAGUAUCCAUCUGUUGAAGAAUUGGACUUGCAUUAUUGACGAUAAUGGAGAUGAGAUCAUUAGACUUCAAAUGAGAGAUUCCAAGAAGUCAAAAAAAAGGAAUGAUGGCAUUUCAAGAAAAGAUGUGAUUGGCAUUGUUAAAUCUGGCCAAACAAAUGUUCUUGCUGAGUUCACAGGGACAGAGUGGUUGCUGGUUGGUUCCAGUUGGUCCUUCAAGCUUCCAGGAAUAGUUGAUAAAGAUGGCCACCUUUUCGAGCUGAUUGGUGAUCAUAGGGUUAAGUUCUUCCCUGGUAGAAGGCUGGAAUAUGAGCCGAAACACUGUGGGAUGCAAGGACACUGUGGGAUGCAGGGAAAUGAUGAGUUUAUGACAGGUGUUGAAUUCACUCCGGAUGAUCCCUAUGGCAAGGCAGUGGCAUUACUCAACUUCAAGUCGGGAACUAUUAAGGCUAAUCAAGAGUGGCUGUUGUAUCCUGUCCUUAUACUAGCAUUCAUUCUUGAUGAGAUACUAAAAAAACAAGGAUAUAACAGUGUCAUCACCUUCAACAAAACUUCAACAGAAAAUGAAUGUCCAGAUGAAGAAGUUCACAAAGCAGGCAUAAAAAUCAUUCCAACCUCUGUACCAGAAGAAAAAUCAGAUUUGCACGUCGCCAAAGGAAAUGCAGUAAUGCCUGUGAAAGGAGGGACCUGUGGCGGUGCCUGUAAUGGAAGUUGUGGCAGUAGAAGUUUGGAUGAAGUCAACGCGGGGGCGUGUAAAUCAAGCAGCACUGGUGUCAAGGGGGGAGGCUGCGGUGGUUCUGGUGGAUGUGGCAGUGACUGUGGCAAUCAAAACAGCAAGGAACACCAAGUUGAAGCUGGGGCUUGUGGAGGAGGCUGUGGUGGUUCUGGUGGUUGUGGCAAUCACAUCAGCAAUGAUAACAGCCUUAAAGCUAGUGCCUGUGGAGGAGGCUGUGGUGGUUCUGGAGGUUGUGGCAAUCACAUCACCAGUGCCGGUGCUUGUGGAGGAGGCUGUGGUGGUUCUGGUGGUUGUGGAAAUCACAUCAUUAGCAAAGCUGGAGCCUGUGGGGGAGGCUGUGGUGGUUCUGGGGGAUGUGGCAAUCACAUCAUCAAUGAUAACAGCCUUAAAGCUAGUGCCUGUGGAGGAGGCUGUGGUGGUUCUGGUGGUUGUGGCAAUCACGUCACCAGUGCCGGUGCUUGUGGAGGAGGCUGUGGUGGUUCUGGUGGUUGUGGGAAUCACAUCAGUAGCAAAGCUGGAGCCUGUGGGGGAGGCUGUGGUGGUUCUGGGGGAUGUGGCAAUCACACCAGCAAUUACAGUCUUGAAGCCAGCGCCUGCAAAGGGGGCUGUGGUGGUUCUGGUGGUUGUGGCAAUCACAUCAGCAAUGCCGGUGCUUGUGGGGGAGGCUGUGGUGGUUCUGGUGGCUGUGGAAACGGCAUCAACAGCAAACCCCACGUUGAAGCUGGAGCAUGUGGAGGAGGCUGUGGUGGUUCUGGUGGGUGUGGGAAUCAUCAGUAA